AUGCCUUUUGAUAUUGAAGCUCCAACUUUUCAUGAACAACCAUGUCCUCCUUCUUUUAAGACAGGUGUCAGACGACCACGCUCUUCAUCUCUGGGGAAAAUCAAUUUAGGCGAUGCUGUGCCUGGUUUGACUGGUAUUUCAGGAUCAAAACAAGCUAAACUUGACGCUAAACAAUGGCACAGGAUACUCUCUACCCCUUCCAAAAGUAACUUUGCCUUACUUGAGAAAUUUUUCGUCUCUUUUUGGGAAGUGAGUUCUCGUCAUCUUUGGAUCAUGCCUUUAUUAAUUAUUGCUUUCACAUACUUAGUUUACCUCCUAUGGGGCAACAGAAGUGAGUCAAAUCCAUUGCAUAUGUUUGUUGCAAUUUCUUAUCAAGUAGGUGAUACGAAUAUGUACGGUAAAGGUGCAAAAGAUCUGUGUUUUAUUUCCUUCUAUAUGAUCUUUUUCACCUUUCUACGUGAGUUUAUAAUGGAUGUCAUCAUUCGUCCAGCAGUUAUAAAAUUACAUAUAACGUCAAAACACAAGCUGAAAAGAAUUAUGGAACAGACUUUCUAUAUUAUUUACUACGGUAUUGCUGGACCUUUUGGUCUGUACAUUAUGUAUGGUACGGACUUGUGGUUAUUUAGAACAACUACGAUGUAUAAAACAUAUCCCGAUUUUAACAUUUCACAUCUACUCAAAAUAUUUUACUUAGGUCAAGCAGCAUUUUGGACACAGCAAGCUUGUGUUCUCCUUUUGCAAUUAGAAAAACCAAGAAAAGAUUUCAAAGAACUCUGCUUCCAUCAUGCUGUCACAUUACUGUUAAUUUGGUUGUCGUAUACGUUUCAUUUCACUAAGAUGGGUUUGCCAAUUUAUAUAACAAUGGAUAUCUCUGAUUUUUUCUUGGCGCUCUCAAAGACGUUAAAUUAUCUGGAUUCAAAACAUACCCCGACAGCUUUCAUUGUCUUCAUUUUCUCAUGGAUAUAUUUGCGUCACUAUGUUAACAUUAAGAUCUUAUGGUCAGUUCUAACCGAAUUUCGUACGGAAGGUAAUUUUAUUUUGAACUUUGGAACGUCUCAAUAUAAAUGUUGGAUUUCUCAAACUAUAACAUUCACUCUACUUAUGGCACUACAGCUAGUAAAUCUAUAUUGGUUAGUCUUGAUUCUUAGAAUUUUAUACAGGUUUAUUUUCAAGGGUGUUCAGGCUGACGAGAGAAGUGACAGCACGUCUGAGGAAUCGAGUAUCCCACCUCUUGAUGAACACCUAAAAAAAAAAAUUAGCUCAGUAACUAAGAAUAGUAAUAUUGGUAUGUUAUUUAUGUACAGAAAAUGUGAUAUAACUGUGAAAUUAAGUAGUAGAUUCUAUAUUUACACGAUUGUUUUGCCUCAAACGUCUAGUUAA